AUGAUCCAUCUGCGAGCCUGUGGUAGAUCAAUUCAGCUUCUUCGCCGACUCACGAGCCCCCAACCCGUCUCGUCCCUCUCCGCAAACCCGACCCCGCUUUCUUUCCUCCAACCUACAUCCGUCCGACGCACCAUGGCCUCAGCAAUGGCUAAGCGCCUCGAGGGCAAGACUAUUCUUGUUACCGGCGCCUCGUCCGGUAUCGGUGCUAGUACCGCUAAGGAAUUUGCGCGCACCUCGCCAAAGAACUUGAAGCUUAUCUUGACGGCUCGCCGGAUUGACUCGCUCAAGAAGGUUGCUGCGGAGAUUAAGGAGGAGGUUGGUGAUGGUGUGCAGGUUCUCCCUGUCAAGCUGGAUGUUAGCAAUCCUGAGGAAAUCAAUAACUUUGUUCCCUCUCUGCCUGCGGAGUUCAAGGAGAUUGAUGUUCUGGUUAACAAUGCUGGUCUGGUCAAGGGUGUUGCCCAGGCUCCCGGUAUUGCGGCCGAAGAUAUGAAGGUCAUGUUCGACACCAACGUGACCGGUCUGAUUAACAUGACCCAGGCGGUUCUGCCGAUCUUCAAGAAGCGCGACGAGGGCGGCCGUGGUGAUAUCAUUAAUAUUGGCAGCAUUGCCGGCCGCGAGCCCUACGCCGGUGGUAGUAUUUACUGCGCGACCAAGGCGGCCGUCAAGUCCUUCACCGAGGCACUGCGGAAGGAACUGAUUGCGACCCGGAUCCGUGUCAUCGAGAUCGAUCCCGGCCAGGUUGAGACCGAGUUCUCUGUCGUUCGCUUCUACGGCGACAAGUCCAAGGCCGAUGCCGUGUAUAAGGGCUGCGAGCCGCUUACCGGUGACGACAUUGCGGAGGUGGUUGUCUUUGCCGCUGGCCGACGUGAGAACGUGGUCAUUGCUGAUACGCUGGUCUUCCCCAGCCACCAGGCCGGUGCGGGCACCAUGCACCGCAAGUCAUAA